UUGUAAUGACUGCUUGUAAGUAAGAGUAUGGAUAGAAGGGAGCAUUGCGCUAUGGAGAUCAGUUGGCCGACCAAUGUCAGACACGUCGCACAUGUUACCUUUGAUAGGUUCAAUGGCUUCUUGGGUUUGCCUCUUGAGUUUGAGCCUGAAGUUCCCAGAAAAGCUCCUAGCGCAAGUACUACUGUGUUCGGAGUUUCCACAGAAUCCAUGCAGUUGUCAUAUGACUCCAGAGGGAACAUUGUGCCAACAAUACUCUUGCUAAUGCAAAGACGUUUAUAUGCCCAAGGAGGGUUGCAGGCAGAAGGGAUUUUCCGAAUUAAUGCCGAUAACAGUCAGGAGGAGUAUGUUAGAGAACAAUUGAACGCCGGAGUGGUUCCGGAAGGGAUUGACGUACAUUGUCUGGCCGGACUAAUCAAGGCUUGGUUCAGAGAGCUUCCAAGAGGAGUUUUGGAUUGUUUAUCUGCCGAUCAAGUUCUGCAAUGCCAAACUGAAGAGCAGUGUGCUGAGCUUGCAAGAAUUAUACCCCCAACGGAAUUUGCUCUACUUGAUUGGGCCGUCAAUCUCAUGGCUGAUGUUGUUCAGCAACAACAUCUAAACAAGAUGAAUGCCCGCAAUAUCGCUAUGGUUUUUGCACCAAACAUGACUCGGAUGGCAGAUCCUUUGAAUGCACUGAUGUAUGCAGUCCAAGUGAUGAAUUUCCUCAAGACACUUAUCUUGAGGACCCUGCGAGAAAGAGAGGAAUCGGUGAUCGAGCCAACCGCAGUUGUCCAUCUGGAGCUUUUCGAUGAUAAUGGAGAUCACAGCCCUUCAAUCUCGCGCAUUCAAGAUACUGAAAAGGAAGAUGAAGAGAAAGAGCUGUUCUCUAUAGCUGAAGAACCUCCAAGUGAAAGUUUGAGGAAUUAUAAUCUGAACAAUGAGAUGAAAGAUGAAGAACAUCACGGUGCAACACCGACUGUCAAAGGGCUAACCACUGAUGCAGGUCACUCUGAUGAGAGUGAAACCUUCACCGGUGAAAGAUAUGACAUUGUUGCCAACUGCCUGAAGCCUGGUACUCAACAUCAGUUGGGGCCUAAGAUGCUGUGAAAAAUUACUUAGCUA